AUGUCGCAAAACUAUUAUCCACCGCCGCCUCAAAAUCAAAAUUAUUAUCCUCCGCCCCCACCUCAAGGAUAUGCACCACCACCACCACAACAGCAGGGCUAUUACCAACCAACUCCACCACCUCAGGUUGUUGUGCAGCAGCCACAAAAACAAUCGAAGAAUGAAGGGUUGUGUUUAGGAUGCGCUCUUGGUGCAUGCUUAUGCUGUUGCUUUGAAGAAUGUUGUUAA